AUGAGUUGGAUUCGAGAUCAAGGUCAUUUGUCUCGUGUUUUAGAGGAAGAGCUGAAAUGUCCGGUGUGCCUAGACGAAUUCGAAGAUCCAAAGAAUCUGUGUUGUUCUCACACAGUCUGCAAACGGUGUCUGAGUCAGAUGGUGGAACACAAUUUGCUUCGAUCCUUCUUGCGUUGCCCCACCUGCAGGCGAGAAACUGAGAUACAUUUUCCGGAGGGCAUCGACGGUCUGCCUACAAAUUACAUCGCGAUUGCUCUAAUAUCUGGGAAAAGUAGAACCAAAGACAUCAAGGAGGUGGAGGACCGUAUAAAUAAAUGCAAGGAGACUUUGCAAGACAAAAAGGGAUUGUUGUCCAAGAUCAUGGACACAUCGCAGAGUCUUGGAAACCGAAGGCAGCAAGUUGAAGGUGAAAUUCGGCAAGCUGCAGAAAGAAUUGUGCUGAUGGUGAGAACUAGAGAGGAAGAACUUAUAGAAGAGCUUAAUUCGGCUGUGGCUCGACAGCAGAGUGAUUUAAGACAGCAAAAAGUUGUGAUACAGAAUUUGAUAGCAGAUGCAAAUAGGAUACUCAAUGAUGCCCAGCAACAAAUCAAUGCACUUUCCCCAAAGAGGCUUGUUGAAGCUAAAGAUUCGAUCCUAUCUCAGCUCCGAGACAUUGAUGGUAUAGAGUCGGACAUACCGGAAAUUAAUCCCAUUGUAUUUACUCCAAACACAAGUUUUAACGAAAGUGAACAACUAACUAAGCUUGGAAAACUGGACGUUCAUUCUACUCAAGAAGACCCAGAGAGCUCUGACAUUCAUUCAAUUAGUCUCGAUUACUCAACAGGUGAAAUACAAAUUUCUGCUUUUGGAACACCUGGAGCUGACGAGGGUGAAUUUACCCUCCCGUGGGGCGUGGCCAUACGGGACGAUGGCUGUAUUGCUGUUGCUGAUCAUGCUAACAGCAGGAUUCAAGUAUUUGAUCAUCAAGGCAGUUUCCUUCGUUUUUUAACAGAUGAUGAAGUAGAGAGUGUUCACCUUCCCACCGGCAUUGCGUUUGACCUUGAUCAUCACCUUGUAACCUUCGAUGAUGAAACUCACAAAAUCAAAGUAUUGGACUCUGAAGGUCGGCUGAUUAGGUGCAUGAACACUGAGACUAAACUUGGCACCAAAGUGGAGGGAAUAUCAGUUGAUAAUGAAGGACACAUAAUUGUCACGGACUCGUCAAAUGAACGGGUACUAGUGUUUCACCAUAGUGGACAUUUAUGUCUUGAAUUCGGAGCUGAUGGGAAAAACAAGCUGGGCUGGCCAUCAUCUGCAGUUUUCCAUCAAGGGCGAUUUAUUGUCUCUGACACAUUUAACCACUGCCUCAAGGUGUACAACCGACAUGGUGUCUACCUUCAGCAGAUUGGAAGAUCAGGAAGAGAGCCAGGACAAUUUAUCAAACCGCGAGGACUGGCUGUGGAUUCAGGAGGUAACAUACUUGUGUGCGAUUCUGGCAACUGUCGCAUCCAAGUCCUUGACUCUUAUGGAAACUUCGUAAACUUUGGAGGCUUUGGUGAGGAAAGAAAGCUUUGCCAUACUCUGUGGGCUUUGGUGAGGAAGUAGUUGUGGGAAAGUUUUGUUUGCCAUACUCUGUGGCAGUUGGAAAACGGGGGGAAGUAGUUGUGUCUGACUGCAACAGUCAUCGCAUACAGAUUUUUCGAUUCCCAUUUCUUAAUGAAAGCUCAAAUCCUGCUUAA